CGUGGGUCUGGAGCCCCGGGGUCGGGGCGGAGCGCGGGGUGGGGAACUCGCACUCGGGGCCGAGUGGAGGUUCGCGCCCUGCUGAGUGAGCAUCCAUCCGCACACCCAAGAGUUUGUGGGACCCAGGCUCCCAGAUUAAUUCACUUUCCCAGGCAGGGCCCCCGCGCCCAGGCCGACACAGCAGGUCAACAUGGCAGAGACGCUGGAGUUCAACGACAUCUAUCAGGAGGUGAAAGGCUCCAUGAAUGACGGCCGGCUGCGAUUGAGUCGUCAGGGUAUCAUGUUCAAGAACAGCAAGACAGGCAAAGUGGACAACAUCCAAGCUGGGGAGUUGACUGAAGGCAUCUGGCGCCGCGUAGCCCUGGGCCAUGGACUUAAACUGCUCACAAAAAAUGGCCAUGUCUACAAGUAUGAUGGCUUCCGAGAAUCGGAGUUUGAGAAACUUGCUGACUUCUUCAAAACGCAUUAUCGCCUUGAGCUAAUGGAGAAAGACCUAUGUGUAAAGGGCUGGAACUGGGGGACAGUGAAGUUUGGUGGGCAGCUGCUUUCCUUUGACAUUGGUGACCAGCCAGUCUUCGAGAUUCCCCUAAGCAAUGUGUCCCAGUGCACAACAGGCAAGAAUGAGGUAACCCUGGAAUUCCACCAGAAUGAUGAUGCCGAGGUGUCUCUCAUGGAGGUGCGCUUCUACGUCCCUCCCACCCAGGAGGAUGGCGUGGACCCCGUAGAGGCCUUUGCCCAGAAUGUGCUGUCAAAGGCGGAUGUAAUCCAGGCCACUGGAGAUGCCAUCUGCAUCUUCCGGGAGCUGCAGUGUCUUACCCCCCGCGGUCGUUACGACAUUCGCAUCUACCCCACCUUCCUUCACCUGCAUGGCAAGACCUUCGACUACAAGAUUCCCUACACCACCGUACUGCGUCUCUUUUUGCUGCCUCACAAGGACCAACGCCAGAUGUUCUUUGUAAUUAGCCUGGAUCCCCCCAUCAAGCAGGGCCAAACCCGUUACCACUUCCUGAUCCUCCUCUUCUCCAAGGAUGAGGACAUCUCUUUGACCCUCAACAUGAAUGAGGAAGAGGUGGAGAAGCGCUUUGAGGGGCGGCUCACCAAGAACAUGUCUGGAUCCCUCUACGAGAUGGUCAGCCGGGUCAUGAAAGCACUCGUGAACCGCAAGAUCACAGUCCCAGGCAAUUUCCAGGGGCACUCGGGGGCCCAGUGUAUCACCUGUUCCUACAAGGCAAGUUCAGGAUUACUCUACCCUCUGGAACGUGGCUUUAUCUACGUCCACAAGCCACCAGUGCACAUCCGCUUCGACGAGAUUUCCUUCGUCAACUUUGCCCGUGGCACCACUACCACUCGCUCCUUUGACUUUGAAAUCGAGACCAAGCAGGGCACACAGUACACUUUCAGCAGCAUCGAGAGAGAGGAGUAUGGGAAGCUGUUUGAUUUUGUCAAUGCAAAAAAGCUGAACAUCAAAAACCGGGGAUUGAAAGAGGGCAUGAACCCAAGCUACGAUGAAUAUGCAGACUCUGAUGAAGACCAGCAUGAUGCCUACUUGGAGAGGAUGAAGGAAGAGGGCAAGAUCCGAGAAGAGAAUGCCAAUGACAGCAGCGAUGAAUCAGGAGAAGAAACUGAUGAGUCAUUCAACCCAGGUGAAGAGGAAGAAGACGUAGCAGAGGAGUUCGACAGCAAUGCUUCUGCCAGCUCCUCCAGCAACGAAGGUGACAGUGACCGGGAGGAGAAGAAGAGGAAACAGCUCAAAAGGGCCAAGAUGGCCAAGGAUCGCAAGAGCCGCAAGAAGCCUGUAGAGGCAAAGAAGGGUAAAGAUCCCAACGCCCCUAAGAGGCCGAUGUCUGCAUACAUGCUGUGGCUCAAUGCUAGUCGAGAGAAGAUCAAGUCAGACCACCCUGGUAUCAGUAUCACAGAUCUUUCCAAGAAGGCAGGCGAGAUCUGGAAGGGAAUGUCCAAAGAGAAGAAAGAGGAGUGGGACCGCAAAGCUGAAGAUGCCAGGAGAGAAUAUGAAAAAGCCAUGAAAGAAUAUGAAGGAGGGCGAGGCGAGUCAUCUAAGAGGGACAAGUCAAAGAAGAAGAAGAAAGUAAAAGUAAAGAUGGAAAAGAAAUCCACACCCUCUAGGGGCUCAUCAUCGAAGUCAUCAUCAAGGCAGCUAAGUGAGAGCUUCAAAAGCAAAGAAUUUGUGUCCAGUGAUGAGAGCUCUUCAGGAGAGAACAAGAGCAAAAAGAAGAGGAGGCGGAGCGAGGACUCUGAAGAUGAGGAACUAGCCAGUACACCUCCCAGCUCAGAAGACUCAGCGUCAGGAUCGGAUGAGUAGAGAGGAAGAAAAUUCUCUCCUUGCGCUAGCCCUGCCUCACCCCAGACUCCCAGCUCACGUCUGGUACCAGUUUCUCCUACACGCUAUGCAGUCCUGGGAUUCUGUGCCAUCUGAACAACCUCUCCUGGUGGCAUGCUCUUCAUUGGGGCAGUGUCUUCAAGGAUAGCUCCUUGUCAUUUGGGGAGAGACUGGGUAGGAGUCUGUCCACUGUCUUUGCAGGGCAGCCCAGGAUCCAAGUCCUUGCCCUACUUAACGACCUUAGGGAUAUGGCUGCUUCUUGUCCUGUUCAAGUUGCUGCAGCAGAGGUCACAUGAGGUCAGGCUUGUAGCUCCUAACGGGGCCUGUUUCUACCUUUAUUUUGUAUUUCUGGUCUGUGAAAUCAACAUUUAAUAAAGGGAACUGACUUUGGAAGCCAUG